CUUCAUAGUUCUGGGUAGUAAAAACAUCGGACGCUAGGGGAUCAAGACGCAUGCCUCUACGUGGGCACUUUAGUGAUCUUUUGGGGUCGUUUUUUUCCCAUUUGAUUCUUUUUCUUCCUCUUAGUGGCUGCAUGAUUGUUCUGCGCGUCUGAUUGUUUAGUUGAUUUCUCGUGCUUUUUUCCUCUGGAAUAGGCGACAUACACACACUCACCAAUGUCGUAUCCUCAGGGUUACCUCUACCAGCCCCCCGGCUCUUUGGCUCUCUAUUCGUGUCCAGCUUAUGGGGCUUCGGCUUUGGCCGCCCCCAGGAACGAGGAGCUGGCACGGUCUUCGUCCGGCUCAGCGUUUAGUCCCUACGCUGGAUCCGCUGCUUUUACGGCUUCAGCCAGUGGCUUCUCAAGUCCACUGCCAUACUCAACAGAUCCGACCACGGGGUUCCCAUCGUACAUGGGCUCUCCAUACGAUGCCCACACUACAGGCAUGGCCGGUGCAAUAAGUUACCACCCUUAUGGAAGUCCUGGAUAUCCCUACCAGCUUAACGACCCGGCAUACAGGAAGAACGCAACCAGAGACGCUACAGCCACGCUGAAAGCAUGGCUACAGGAGCACAGGAAGAACCCCUAUCCCACCAAAGGAGAGAAGAUCAUGCUGGCCAUUAUCACCAAGAUGACCCUGACGCAGGUCUCUACCUGGUUCGCCAACGCCAGGAGGAGACUGAAGAAGGAGAACAAGAUGACCUGGGCACCGCGGAAUAAGAGCGAGGAUGAGGAUGAGGAUGAUGGAGACGGGGAGAGAAAAGACGAACGUUCAGAAAAGAACCUUGACAACAGCGAGAUAUCAGCCGAGGACGAAGGUAUCAGUUUGCACGUUGAUACACUCACAGAUCAUUCUUGUUCAGCGGAAUCGGAUGGAGAGAAGGUGAACUCCAGGAUAGGAGACGUGGCUUGCGAGUCUGGAUCAGAUACGAAGGACAAAUGCGAGGAUGAAGAUCACGAUAUAGAAAAUGAUGAACGCCAUCGAGGCCUGUCACCGAAGCCGGUGACAUCAUCACCCUUGACAGGAGUGGAAGCUCCGAUUCUGAAUCACCAUCAUCGGGAAGACUCCCGAAACAGCAACAAAUCAUGCAUUGACAAUAGAAUUUCUUCAGUUCCACAGAGUCAGACCGUUAAACCCAAAUUGUGGUCAUUAGCAGAGAUUGCCACCUCGGACCACAAGCAGCACCUGGGGCAAAACUGUCCCUCGAGCGCUGGCCUUCUGAACUCCACCACUUCAACGACGUCCCCAGCCGGCGCUGUGUACCCUGCGUCCUCCAUCUUGGGAAGACCUAUUUAUUACACAUCUCCUUUUUAUAGUAAUUACACAAACUAUGGCAACUUCAGCCCGUUGCAGGGCCAAGGGAUUCUGCGGUAUAAUUCGUCUGGAGCGGCUGCUGCAGCAGUCGCCGCAGCUGCGAAUGAGGGACUCACUCAGUCGGUUCUUGAAGCAAGCUCCAUGCACAAACAACAGAGCAAUGACUCUUUCAUUAAAAGUAUCUCAAACCAGAUUGAUCAACAAUUCAGACCCUCAAAUUUAGAGUCAAAGAAAGGUAGGUGUCACAAUUGCUUUGAAUAAAGCAAGCAAGCCAUCACUUCUCCACCCCAUUCACCCCUAACCUUUUCUCUAAACUGGAACGCAACUCGUGCCACCGUUGACAAGAAGACUGCUGCGCACUAGAACGUCUCAUUCCUCAGUGACUAAAUAACCAGUGUGAUAACAUAAACACGAAUUAUUUGUAUAAUUUAAAUUUCGUUUUUAUGAAAUGUGAAUAUGCUGGUUCAGUCCAAUGUAGUUAAAGUGAUUUUGGAAGACAUGUUAUUUCUCAGGAUUUUCAGUUUGUUUCUUCGCCACGGUAUGGUAGCCUAUACUUUAAGUGUGAAAAUGAUUUGGCCUUCUGUAAACCCGUAAUUUGUAAAGAGAUGUCUAACGUAUAAGGCGACCGAACAUAUUAACUUGAGGACUUAAGUGGAAUACAUUUGAUAUUUAUUUUUUUAAUGAUGGCAAAUGCCUAUAAUUUAUGCAAGUUGUAUUGCAAUGUAAACUGAACUUGUUUGUAAAUGCAUUGACAAUUUUUAUUUGAAACGCAUUUGAAAGUUAAACAAUCUUGUUAACAAGAGUACUUUACUAAUUUAUAUCUCUGAUUGUAAAUUAAAAACGCGCUAGUGUGUACUGGCGAGGUAGUGCUAUCUAUUAUUCAAAGGAAAACAAAUUAAACCGUUUUCCUCCGUAUAUCUAACUCUGAGACUCAUUCAUUCCUUUAUUACCAGCCUGCUAAUGAACUGUUUGAUCAAAACAUGUGAAUGAAGGUGAAAACACUGUGACAUUUUUACACAUAACCUCGGCUAUUCUGUGCUUUAUUCACCGACACUGAUGGAUAUAAU